CUGUGAAACAGAGGCUCCGUACUGUACCAGGCAAAGAUUUUCACCAGCAUUCUCUUGCUUAGCCAAGGCUGAGAUAACAGACACAGUAAAGCACUUGGUGGAAUAAAUCUACUCUCCUGCGAUUCCAUCGGCGUGUUCAUCUUCUACCUUGUUUUUCCUUUGGUUAAUAAGGUAUUGCCUGAGCUUAAGGUUGAAGUUUGAUUUGACUUUUUUUUAAAGGCACUCGAGCCUAAGUGAAGCCAGCUCUUUUUUUUCUUUUUCUUCUUGCAUUGAAAAUGACCAGCACGAUGGCAAAACAAGAAGAGCUGCAGAUGCUCCAGGGGUGGAGACUAGCUGCGCAGAGCCGACUUGGGGACCCUGACUGCCGGUGGCAGCUGCGGAUGAAGUUUCUAGAGCAGGCCAAGUGCUACAUCGGAGUGCCUUAUGCUAGGAAGUAUCACGAGCCUGGCACUCCAGAGUACAAUUCCCCUCUCUUCCUGGAUUGCUGUGGACUGAUUCGGCGAGUAGUGCGCAACUUAAGCACAGAAUUCGGCUUUCUUAUCGGCCCUGGAAACCAGGCGUAUCAGUACGACACGCUCCCCAUCACUCUGCCCAGCAAGGAGCACAUGAAGCCAGGAGACCUCGUCUUUAUUUCAGGAACAUACUUCAACACAGAACGAAAACGGCAGCUCCAUGACAUUGUCCAUGUGGAGAUCUGGCUAGGGGAUGGUGAGCGCAGCCUUGGAGCCAGGUGGAACAGGGGCAGACUGCAGAUCUUUGAUUCCUACAAGUUUGUUUCUACCUCCUAUGGAGACAUGGAAUAUCACUUCAAGUCCAUUGAGACAUGGCUCCAAGGCACUUGUGUCAGCCAUUGCACAGAACAUAAAUGGGCCUCGGCUAGCGCGCUUCCCGGAAAGAAGUCUGUCUUUUGUCCUGAGGCUGAACGACAGCAACCUGCUGAGGAAGAUGUAGAUGUCCCAGAGAUGGCAAGCAAGACUGAACCGAAGAACGAAGGGAGAGUUUGCAGAUCACAAAACGUAGUUCCAGAUGGGCCGAGCAGCCAGAGACCAGGCGAGAGCGCUCAGAUGGAUUUACGUGGCAUCGCAAGACCUACAUCUACUGUCCCCAGGGAGGAUGAAGUAGAGAAGGGGGGUGAUGCAGAGGCAGGUGGCAAAAGCCAAGGACAGCUACUAGCCAGCACAUCACUGGAGACCAGCCUUAGUAACUUGGACUUGGAAAGUGAGAGCUGUAUCCCUCCAGAUAGAAAUCUGGAUCAAAGUAAAGGUCCUGAUGAACUUAAAAAACCAAGGACACCAGAAGUCGUUGAGUUCAAAGCCAGCAGAGUGCUUGAUGGCAAAGUGAAAAACAUAGGUCUCCAGCCUUCCCUGACCACUCACAAAUCUGGCAAAAAUUCUCCUUCCAGUUCCAAAAUGAACUUGAAGGUGGCCUUAGCACCUAUCAAAAGGAAAAAGAAAACCAAAGCCAUGACAUAUGGAGAAGAUCAGCAGCUGGUUGGAUCUUCAACAGCUGACACAGUUGCUUCCAAUACAUCUGAAGUGAGGCUGGUGGAUGAAGCCAAGUGUAAAGGGAAUAAAGGAAAUGAGAAGACAGUCACUGAAGCAGAUGAGCCAGAAGAGAGGAAGCCGGAGCCUCAGGGACCGGGGCCAUUCUUUUACAUUGGUGGUGCUAAUGGAGCAGGGUUGGUGAGCAUCUACUGCAGGAGCAAGGGCUGGCAGCGUAUCUAUGACAACAAGAGGGAGGAUUACAAACUGAAGUGGUGCGAGACCAAGUGUCGGGAGACCUAUUACAACUUCAGAGAAGGUGAACAGCUUCUCUACCAGAUCCCCAACAAUAAAGUCCUUACUACCAAAAUUGGCCUUCUGUGCAGCCUGCGGGAGUAUGAGCGGGUGAUGAGCAAAAUCAGCAAGACCUUGAACACCAAAAUUUUGCACCAGCAGUGGCUCUUUCCAGUGCUGCAGCAAGGUCCUCCUUUGUACAGGAUCCUGAAAAUGGAAGAUUUUUUUCCAGAAUCCUAUCGGCUGGACAUAAAAGAUGAGAGAGAAGCCUUCUUUGAAGCCUACAAAGACAAACAGAUCUGGAUCUGCAAGCCAGCAUGCUCCAACCAAGGUCGAGGCAUCUUCCUGCUUAUGAACCAAGAGAGCAUUGACUCACUUCAGGCCAAGCUGCAGGGCUUUGAGGAGGAUCCCACCUACAAGAAAGUGCCGUACAAGGCUCCCCAGGCAAGAAUAGUGCAAAGGUAUAUCCACAAGCCUCUGCUACUUGAAGGGAAGAAGUUUGAUGUCCGUUCCUAUCUCCUCAUUGCCUGCACGGUGCCUUAUGUGCUGUUUUUCGGGCAUGGCUAUGUCCGGCUCACCUGCGCCAACUAUGAUGCUGCUUCUGAUGAUCUCACCGCUCAUCUGACCAAUCAGUACAUGCAGAAGAAGAACCCCCUGUACAGCCAGCUGAAGGAGGAGACGGUGUGGCGGAUGGAGCGCUUUAACAGCUACGUUAAUGAGAAGUUCAAGCAGACCAAAGGCCUCCCCAAAGACUGGGUCCUCACUGUGUUCACUAAGAAGAUGCAGCAGAUCAUGAUGCAGUGCUUCCUGGCUGUCAAGGCCAAGCUGGAAGGCAAACUGGGCUACUUUGAUCUCAUCGGCUGCGAUUUCUUGAUAGAUGAGAACUUUAAGGUCUGGCUCCUGGAAAUGAAUGCAAACCCUGCUUUGCAUACCAACUGCGAAGUCCUGAAGCACAUCAUCCCCACCGUGGUUAACGAGACUCUCGAUUUGGCUCUUGAGAUUUUCAAGAAGUGCUUGAAAUGCCAGAGGAUAUUACCGCUGGAGACACUCUGCCAUUUUGUGCUGCUCUACAAUGGGGAUGCUUCUGAACCUGGAUCCAGAUCCUUAAAGACGAAAAAUGCCAUGCGUCCCACAAAAAGCCAGAAGUCAUUUGCAGAGAGUACCAGCCCGCCCACUCAGACCCCUACCAGGGCAACCGAGAAACCUCCCAAGAAUCCCGCUUCCCCGUCUACCAAGUUUUCCCAAAGAACAGUCUUAAGCAUGCCACAAGUGCAUCUCUCCAGCACGCACAGCCUGUAUUGCUACCGCCCAGAGAAAUCCACCUUCCGGCCUGGCCAGGUGAGCGGUACUUGCCAUAAAUACGUUAUCAAGCCUGCGGGGGUCUUAGAGAGCCUUGUAAAACCCAGUGUGGAUGAUGGUUUUGACAAAGACAAAGCCAGCACCAUCGUUCCUACAGUGGCUGCUUCAAAAGAUACCUCCUAUAGCGCCUGGUUACAGCAAACCUUCAAGAUUCAACCUUACACUGCCAUCAAAGAGGACCUGAGCACUGUCACCUUGACCAGCUCCCAGAUGGUGUCUCUGCAUCUCCAGUCCAUGGUCCCCAACAGCUCCCCAUGUCUGAAAUGCUACAGCAAGCCCCUCCAUCAAGCCACCACCCACUCUGUAGCCCAGGGGACACCGCUGACCCAUGAAAGCAUGGCAGCUGCUGCGCCCCAGUACUCUGAGUCACCUCAGGACAACAAGAAGGUGUCCCAUCGCGCGUCUUAGCCUGAGAUUACUGUGUAUUGAACAUGUGGUGCUUUCCUAUAAAGGACAGAGCCCUGCUCCAAAACACUCGCUAUCUGUGACAUAUCUAAGCAUUUUAUGGAAUCGUUUGCUGAUUUUUAAAUGCUAAUUUUUUUACCUUAAAAAUUCAAAAAGGAGAGAUCGUUAUGCAACGCAUUGGUAAGUGACCUGCCAUGUAACGCUUACUCCCCCAGUCACUCGAAUUCCUCCUCCCCUCCUUCCCAGAGCCACAAAUUAAGGAAGAAAUACCACUGUGCUUUGGUUGCUGAAACAGUAAUAGUGUGCUAUAAAUCCCUGGAACGAGAUUGAAAGCCCCAACUCUGAUGUCCUCUUCUAGAGCAUAUAUUUUAAUGUUGGGAGAAGCCGAAUCAGCAAUACUCUUGUAUCGCAUUGUGUGUCCCGUAUCAUUAUAUUUGCAACAUGCCGUUUAAUCAUG